AUGUUGAAUGCAGAUUGCAGCGAUUGUGGCUCGUCCGAAAAACCCUCGGAAAAACCUUGUGGGCCAUGGCGUAGUCGACUAAUUAGUCGUGAAAAAAUAACCCAAUCUGAUAUGCGUUACCGUCCGGCGUUCGUCAUUUCACAGUUGUACCUGUACCUAUUUACACUAACAGACAGCAGUUAUUUCAUUGCGGGCGGAAUUUCAACAGUCAACAUAUUUUGCCAUUUCCCAGGAGACUACCGGAGCUCCGUGCGAACGGAAAUUAUAUUUGGUGAACUACCCUCCGACCUUUCUGCUCAACCCAUUGAUCGGUCAGCCCAUACAACCACCCUCGCCGAACAGUACUGCGAAUAAAUUCAUACAUGCGCACAAGGUCAAACACUCGCACCAACACACAUACAUUUACACGGAGGAGUUUCGGCGGUGGCGACGGUGCGUUGGAUGCCCGAAACCGGAUUCCUGGACGACAAACGUCGAAUGUGUACUUGGUAUAUCAAAUAUGAAAACAUACGAUGUAUUCAAAAAUAUAUAUUUCAAUAAAAUGGAACGCGUGUACCCCUUCUCGAUGCAUGACUGUAAAGCGUUCACACGAAUUGUCUAAUAUAUAUUAUAUAUUAUAAUAAGAUUAUAUUAUAUAAUUCAAUAUUAUGACUGGAAAAUGUAGAGUUUAGCACCCUCGGAUUUUUUUUUCAUUGAA